AGAUGAGAACAUGCCAGAGAACUGACACUCUCUCUUCAUUUGCAGUUUGAAGAAAUUUUUGGUCUGCUUCUGGAAUUUUAGUAUAUUAAAAAAGAAAACUGAAUUAUGGGCGAGAUAUCAACGAUGACGAUGAAUUAUUGGAUUUCGCAUUUGAAUUUGAAACCUCAUCCGGAAGGCGGUUAUUAUUCGGAAGUUUAUAGAAGUAAAGGUAUCAUACCGAGCACUUGUACUGAAGAAAAGUUUAAAGGAGAUAGAAAUUUCAUAACUUCUAUAUAUUUCUUGCUGUCGUACGACAACUUUUCAGCUUUUCAUCGCCUAAAACAAGAUGAAAUUUGGAGUUUUCACGCCGGCUCGUCAAUCUGCGUUCAUAUUAUUGAUGAAGACGGAAGUUAUUCAAGGCAAACUGUUGGUUUGAAGUUGCACAAGGGCGAAACUCCACAAUUUGUUAUCAAAGCCGGUCAGUGGUUUUCUUACAAUGUUGAGGAAAAGCAUGGAUUUACAGUUGUUGGUUGCGCAGUUUCACCAGGUUUCGACUUUGCCGAUUUUGAAUUGGGCAUGAGGGAACAGCUUCUCGCCAAAUAUCCUCAGCAUUCCGAAAUUAUUACCCGAUUUACAAGACAAUAAACAAACAAUCAAUUAUUGAAAUUAGCUUUUAAAAUGUACUUUACGAAAACAGUUUUGUAUAUUUCAGUGUUCUGAAUUUGCAUAUUGACUAACAAAUUAAUGAAAUCAUUUCAACGGUUUUGUAUGUGUGAAUCUGACAAUAAAAAGAAAUUGAUUAAAUGAUAUAAUAUUGAAAAUUGUUGAAUUUGUAAGAGACUAAUUGGGGUCUUUUUCCAUUAGAUCUUAAGCAGAAGGUAGAUAAUUUUCCUAGGAGAACUAGGGAAUACUUGCCCGUUUCGUUUAUUUAUUGACCAGAAAAUUAUGAGAGAAAAUGAAUGAAUAGAUUGAUUGAUUGAAUGAUUGAAUGAAUGAUAGGUAGAAGAAUGGCAGAGGUGAAUGACACCAUUUGGAA